GUGUGACACCGGAAAACGAACCAGGCACGUGCUGUUUAGAAGUCUAAUGAAAAUGGAGUGCGUUUACCACAAAGAUGAGACUGUCAUAAUGGUAUGUACUCACUGUGACAAGUAUCCAUUUGUGUGUGCUAUUUGUGUGGAGGAAGAUCAUGCUGAACACAGACUCGCUUCAUUGAGAUCUGCCGCACAGUCAAUCCGACAAGAGUUGGAGCAGGCACAGUCAAACAAUUUACAUGUGUUUGAGGAAAUCAAGUCUGAUCUGGACAAUCUCGCCAAAAUCAGAGAGAAUCUGCAACAGGGAGCACAUCUCGUGGAAAAUCAAAUGGUGAAACGUCAAAAUAUUAUGAAAAGUGAAGUCGACACUGUGAAAAACGAAGUGCAUUAUAAACAUCAAAUGGAGCUUGGUAAGAACAUGGAAGCCAUCGACAAAACAGAACAAGCUCUGAAGCAACAGUUUUCCCAGAUUGCCACAUUCCAGAGGAAGGUGGUUCAGCUUAAAAACAUGAACGAUUAUGUAGACAUGAUCGUAACAGGCAGAAAUGUGGAGGUCCCACAAAGCAGCAGACGCAUCCCCAGGCUGGACAUACAUGCCCUGGUGUUCCUCCCCGGGGCUGUCAGGGACGGAGAACUUGAACGAAUGUUUGGGAGUAUUAAAGGGGCAUCUGAUCAUGCCAAUAACAAUGAGAAUAAAAGGGACAAGUCAUCUGACUUUUUUGGUUUGAUCGAAAGGAAAUCAAAAAUCAAAGUAACGCCAGUUACAUCAUUUAAACUUUCAAAACAUGUUGGUGUAGAUAAUAUGUUUUGUCCUAAAUCAAAAGUUUGCUGGCUAAAAUGCCAGGAUAAAAACAGUGUUAAACUUUCCAACAGGUCUGGAGAAAUUAAACAAGCUAUAAACCUGGGAACUAGGUCGGAUGGAUUUACUGUAAGUGCAGAUAAUAAGCUUCUGUUCUGUUGUACACUACAGAAAUGUAUCAAGGAGAUCGCUCUUCCAAAUGGUGAGAUUACAGAGAAGCUCAGCACUUGUCCUCUCACACCAAACCGUAUAUGUACAGAUCCAUCUGGGGACAUAUAUGUAACACUAUGCGACGAAGAUGACUAUGAAGUAACAGAUGACAGUACCCGUGUGUUGGUCCGGUACGACCGGUGGGGGGAAGAGGCGGCUCGUUGUCAGGCUGAUGGAUAUGGAGGAAGCCUCUUUGUUGUACCUGAGGAUGUCUGUGUGAACAACACGGGCACCCGAGUAGCGGUCAUUAACCGUGUAAGUGACAGACGCAGAGAACUAGUUGUUCUCGACGAAGACCUAUCGCCUGUGUUAAUCUAUACAGGACCCAGGGUGUUGACUGGGGACUCCCUGGCAGGGUAUAGUCUCUAUGGUGUGGUAUUUGAUACCAGAGACAAUAUUUUGGUUGCUGAAUGUUAUAGCAAAACUGUGCAGUUACUAAGUCCAUCUUGCGAGCCAUUGAAAGUCCUGCUCACCAUGAACACUACACCAUGGGCCAUGACUAUACAGGGAAAUGAGGUUUGGAUUGGAGACGAGAAAGGAAAAGUACAGAUCUUCAGAGUUUUGUGUGAUGACACUGAUGGCAAUCUUUGUCCCCUGUUCAGAGGACAGAUGAUAGAGGACUGACACCAGACAGGGUACCUGUUACUUGUAAUCAUGAUACUGAUGGUAGUAUAUAAGUACAUGUACUAGUGUGCUUAGGGGAUCAUCUAGAUGUUUGGGUACAGCUGUUUGUGGAAGGUCGAUCAGACAUUUUGGUUUGUAGAAAGACAAUCACACUUUUUGGUGUGACGGAAAUAGUCAAAGCGCAGCCAGAUAAUUAUAUAUAUAAUCGAGUGUGGAGAUAUUUAGAUGCAUUGGAGGCUAUUUAGAGCGUAUCGAUAUUUGGGUGUGAGGAGAGGGUAGUGAGAGAACAAACUGGUUACUUGUUGUUUUGAUACCAGUUAUUAUCAUAUUUUAGUAAUCUACAUAUAUUUGAAUGUGAAAAAGGACAGACUUAAAUUGAGUUACAAUUGAGUAUGUUGAAAAGGACGACCAAGUUUUUGGGUUUGUGGGAAAGAGAGGUCAGUUGUUUUAGUCUGUGGGAAAGGGAAAUAGUCCGAUGUUCAGUCAUGUGGGAAAGGCCAAGAUUAGAUCUUUGGGCAUGUAGGAAAGUACGAUGACAUCAUGACAGUAUUUGGCUGGGAGAUCAAUACAUCAUUUUGUGCCAAGAAGGACUACCUUAAAUCAGAGUAUUAGCAUUUUUGUGUAUUGGAGUUCCAUCCCCUUGUUAGUACGCUCUUUGUAGCGAUAAUUUGACAGAUGAUUGGGGAAGUAAUUUGAGUAUUUCAAAGGUGGCUAGAUACCCAUGUGUGUGAGGAAGAGUAAAGCAAUAUUUGGUGGUGUUGGACAAGGCCAACAUCAAGAGUGAUGAUAUAUAAUGUGAAGUAAAACCUGACUAAAUUUGAUAUGUUGAAAUAAUGGAAAAAAUACUUGUAGGCUUCAGUGUUUAUAAUGUUUUACUAAUGUACCAGGUGGUAUAUGUGAUUCGUGUUUACCUUAAGUUUAGAAUGAGUUUUCAGUAGCAAUUCCCAGGACAAGUCAUAACAAUAAUCAUUGGUUCAUUAUUGUGUUAGAUUUAUAGGUCACCUGAGACAAAGUCUCAAGUGACCUAUUGCGAUCGCCUUUUGUCCG